AUGGGUUCACCGGUAAAGAAGAGGACUGCGUUAGCUGGCAAGAACGUUAAUGCAAGACCAAGUUCAAGUAGUAUACAUAAAGUCGGUUCCCUUUCGAACCACACCUCUCCCAGCAAGAAGAGCCAGGUGGAUUUGACUUACGCCCUGAAUAACAGCCCAGUGAGGAGUGUUUCGCUUUCGCCCAAGAAGAGUGCAGAGACAAGUGCUUUCACAUUCCAUGAGGAAACACCAUCAGAGCGUGCAGCAGCUCUAAUGAAACACAUGUCACUAGCCAAAAAGUCUUCCCUGAGCGUUGAUGAGAAUGAUUUCGACGCUGUGAAAGAAAAUAUGUCCCCAACUAAGCUUGCGAAUAUGAACAAAACCGCCCAGAGACAAUCCAUUAGAAGACCGUUGCAAGAUCUGAGUAUUGAAGAACACAAAGGAUACGUGGAACGACCCCAGUUCGCACGAACAGCUCCCUUAACAUUGCAUUACAGUCGCAGGACGACUCUGCCGACUUUUGUCACUCCGCCAAGAGACCAAAAGCUGAGAGAAUGCUUCACAAUCUCCAACAAUGACGCAGCACCUGCUGCUAAUUCUCGCACUACUGAUGAUAUCCCCAAGGACAAAGUUGUAAGGAAACUAAAUUUCAAGAUACACGAAAACUGA